AUGAAACAAAGAGCUUUAGCUGGGGUUGACUGCAAACAGGGCGAGGGCAGCUUCCAGACACUGAUAGUAACUCCAGCCGGGAACAACAGCGAGGUGAAGCUACAUCCUCCACUCUGGAACCGUGCUCUCUGCCAGCUUCCAUCCGUGGAUCGGGUGCACACGGGUGAGAAACCCUUCGGCUGCUCCACCUGCGGUAAGAGCUUUGCCCGGUUGUCGUGGCUGCGGGUCCACUCGCAGGUGCACAGCAGUGAGCGGCCUUUCACCUGUUCCGACUGCGGCAAAGGCUUCAAGUCGUCCACGAACCUGAAGAGGCACAGGCGCCUGCACACCGGGGAGCGGCCCUACACCUGUAGCGACUGUGGCAAUGGCUUCACUCAGUCCAAUCACCUGCUGGAUCACCAGCGCACACACACCGGCGAGCGCCCCAUUCAACUGCGCCCAGUGCGGCAAGGGCUUCACCAGCCCCUCCAAGCUGCUGUCCCACCAGCGGGAGCGCACCGGCGGCUGCCCCUUCCCCAGCCCGAUGUGUGGAGAGCGCUUUGCCAUGGCCUCCCACACCCUGUCUCACCAGCUCGUCCACACCAGUGGCCAGCCCUACGACUGUCUGAACCAAAGGUCUGUACUGCGGUGAGGCAUUUGACAGCUCGUGGGGGUUGCGGCAGCACCGGCGGACUCACGGCGGCGAGCGGCUGCUCCCACUGCGGCAAGCGUUUCAAGAGGGCACGGGGGCUGAGGGAGCACCAGCGGAUACACACCAGAGAGAGGCCCUUUGAGUGCGCUGAGUGUGGCAAGGGUUUCACCCGCAAGUCCAGCCUGUGGCAGCACCAGUGUGCCCACAGUGGUGAGAGUCCCUUCCCCUGCCUGCCCUGUGGUAAAGGCUUCACCCGCCUUGACCACCUGCUGGAGCACCGGCGAGUCCACACCGGCCAGCGCCCCUUCACCUGCCCGCUCUGUGGCAAGGCCUUUGCCCACUGCUCCUGCCUGCUGCCGAGGGACACCAGUUUGGUUCUUCGGUUGGAAACAUAG